GCUUCUUCGGUGGUGGCACCAGACGAGGGGCCUCUUUUGAGGGAUGCUCGGGCUCCUCCGCUGUGUCGGCGUCACGGCCGGCACGUGCAACCCACGAGACCAGGCCGCGGUACAGCUAUCCGCUACGACAGGAGGGAGGGCUGUGGGGGGUGGUAGGCUCAACAGGGAUGGUGCUUCGUUCCCGUCCGGGGUUGGCGAUGUCGCAAUCGUUUUCUUGGUCACCACCAGCUUCUCCGAUCGCACGGCCAAAAGAUGCUCCCGCUUUUCAGCAGCGGGCGGGCGCAAGCGAGGCUGCGGGAGAAUCGUCUCCGCCAUCGUCAAGCUGUUUCUCUUGGUCGCCCCUCGUCUCUCCGUUAGCAUUGCCAGAUGAAGCUCCUGAGAGAAAAUGGGUAACGGCAGGGGCUGCGGCAACGGGGAGUGGCGCAACUUUAGCACCGAUUCUGCCGGGACCGGCGAGGUCGGGGUCCUCCUCUCGGCCGCUUGUAAAGCCUCCCGCAGCGUUGGCAGAUGAUCUCACUGCAGUCCAGCAGUUCCGCGAGGCCGGUGGGAUUUCCCCGGGGAAUAGGUCUGCGACUACGCUGGAUAUUGUGGAUGGACAACGCAAGUUGGCGGGUCUUCAACCCGAAAUGGCAAUGUUUCCGGAACCAAGUAUCGACGCGAUGCAGCACCACACG